AUGGAUUAUGAAGCUACCGUGAAAUACCUUAAGUGUCUUUUUCCGAAAGUUUCUGACGAAGAACUUUGUUGGGCUUAUAUUGAAUCGGAAGGAAAUAUAGAUCGUGCAGCAGGUCUUAUUCUGGAUGGUCAG